AUUUUCAAAGAUUGUCAAGUAUUUGUCAAUGUUUCUCCUAUCGUCAAAUUUAGUGUAACAUCCGCAAUUUGAGUGGUUUAAUGAUCGUGCAUCUCUGCUAGCAUAUAUUUUUAAAUAUUUACCCUGUUGCAUACUUAUGAAAAGAUUGAUGACAUGGCUUCGAAAUACGUCGAGUCUCUGAUAUUUUGCCACUAGUAUUAGGAAGCUUUGAACAACAACAACAACAAAGCGCGGUUAAUUGAAAUUUGAAAGUGUUGUGUGUUCCGUGUUCUGUUGACUGACUUUUGAAGGUUAUUUUCGCUGUAAUGCAUCGUAACUACUUUUGAAUUACAUCUUCGCUGUAGUACGUACGUUAUCUAAGAAUCCUGCACUAUUUACCAAUAAAGAAAUUAGUGAAAGUGUUUUCCGAAAUGAAGUGUCUGUGUUGUCAAACUUGCAGCAAGUAAUGAGCGAAUUCAUCAUCGUUCAAGUUGGCCAAUGUGGUAAUCAGAUAGGAAACGAAUUCUGGCCACUUGUUCUUCAGGAACAUGGUAUCCAUUGGAAGAAUCAGAGAAUUUCCACACAGAAGCUACAGAAAUCUAAGCAAAUGGAACUAUCAAAAGCACUCCACAGUUUCUUCUCCAUACCCAAAUCUUCAACAGAAUCCACGUACAAAACUGUGGCUGAUUUGGAGAGAGGAAACGUAAAAGCAAGGGCUUUAUGCAUUGACAUGGAAGACAGUGUCGUUGCUAAUUACAGAAAUGGGCCAUUGCGCAACAUAUUUGAUAAAGCCUGCUUACUGACAAAUUAUCCUGGCUCGGGAAAUAAUUGGGCUGAAGGAAACUUGUCUCAUGGUAGAAGAUACGCAAGCAAGAUAGAAAACUUGCUUCGGAAGUCAGCAGAAUCUUGCGAUCAGUUGCAUGGUUUCUUGCUCCUUUUCUCAGUUGGAGGUGGCACAGGCUCUGGUCUGGGAUCUUCUCUGCUGCCAUUAUUAUCAGACAUUUUUCCAGAUGUACACAGGUUGGUGACAUGUGUUUAUCCUGCUGGCAAUGAUGAUGUUAUAACAGCUCCUUAUAAUGCUGCUCUAGCCACACAACAAUUGACAGAUCAUGCCGACUGUGUCUUUCCAGUUGGAAAUAAGGCACUGAUUGAUAUAUGCAGCCGCAUGCGCAGAAGUCGAGAUGAGGAAGUGGUUCGUCGAAUUGUCAGAUCCAAACCAUUUCAGGAUAUGAAUCAUAUCAUUGUUCAUAUGCUUCUCAAUUUAACAAGUGGAGCUAGAUUUCCUGGGACUCUCAAUGUAGAUAUGGGUGACAUUCCAACUAAUAUGGUGCCAUUCCCAGGACUGCAUUAUAUUUCCAGUGCUAUUAGUCCCCUGGGGGCACUGUUGAGGAAAGAAGAACUUUUUCCUGCUGUUUGGUCAAGGGACAACCAAUUAAUUAAUGUUGAUCCUGUGUCAGGAGUUACUAUGGCAUCUCUUCUUGUUGCCAGAGGAGAUGUGUCUCUUGUUGAAAUGCGCUCAAAUAUUGACAGGUAUCAGAAGAAGAUUAAAGUUGCCCCAUGGAGUGAGGAUGCAAUUAAAACUGGUCUUUGUUCUGUCCCUCCAGCUUAUUGCCCUUCAUCAGUUUUGGGACUUUAUAACACAUCAUCAAUGACUGAUCUUUUUGAGAAUGUAUUAACACAGUUUAAAAAACUCUAUAGCCGAAAGGCUCAUACACAUCAUUACCUUCAAGUUGAUGGGUUUGAUGAGUCAUAUUUUCUCUCAAGUAUGGAAAGUCUCCAAACUUCAGCUGCAGACUACAAAAAGAUAUUGCACCAGGAUGUUGUGAAAAUACCUAGAAUACAAGUUGUGUGAUCUGUGCUGUAGUGAGAUUGUGUUUGUAAUGCAAACAAAUAAAUUUUUACUAAAUGCUGAGAUAAAAGACGGUUGCAAACAUGUAAAUAUUGCGUAUUUUUAUGCCUGACAGCACUCUGAUUAUUUGACUUUGGUGUUUUAUUAAAUAAUCAUGGUACUGUGAACAGUCAGCAUUGGAAUGUUGAAUUUUGUAAAUUCCACUGUAAUGGAAGGUGAAAGUUGCUUAACAAGUAUACAGUCCUACUAUUAUAAUAUUCUGUUCCCUUUUUUAAUGAUUUUUAUCACUCACUUUAUUUAAAUUUCUCUUGUGAACACACUCCUGUGCAAAUUUGCAUACAUUUUGAAACACAACAAUCAGAGUUAACAUUUAAAUUUUUUUGUGAGCAGACAGGCUGUGUUACUUGUCAGCUAAUGUUGGCAGAUAGAAGUGUAAUUAGCAGCAUUCAGAACAAUUCUCUUUAUGUGAACUGACAGAAAUUUAUCUAAGGCUGUUGCCUAACUUUACUGUACCUUUAUAUCAUACUAAAAUACUUUAUACUGAAUAGAAACCAUAGGAUGAGUAAACAUAACUAUCCAGUGUGUAGUGUUUACUUUGAGCGAUAGAUAAAGGUGUAAACAAGUAUUUAAAGGUGGUUGCUCAGUUUACAAACUGUUGUCCUCAUUUAGAGUCCAUAAAUGCAUAUUUACACAAAUUUAUUUAUUUAUUUAUUUAUUCAUCUGUGGAACAAUAAAUAUUGUAUGGAUGUCGGCAGUUUACAACACAUGAGCACACAUUUACAUUUAAAAUGAAACAGGUUUAUCAUAUUUUGUGUAGUUUUUAUAACUAGUCAUACACACAUUUAUAAUUACAUAAUAUUUUGGUGAUAAUGUCAUAUGUUGCUAAUAAUCUACAUCUAUGUUAAAUAUUCUUUUACAGUAUAACAACUUUUACUUACUAAGAAGGUUUUAAGCUUUUGUCUGAAAGUGAGGGGCUCAUUUA